ACACAAAUCACGGGCUCCGAGUCUCCGACAAAUCCAUGGAAGCAGAUCCCAUCGGUAUACAUCCUACAAUUCAGGUUCAGCAUUCAGGUUCUGCACGCUGAAACGAGGAAAGGGCAUCAUGCGCCGGCAAGAGAAGAAGCGCAAGUUCCACGAAGCCGUCCUCAACAUGCUUUACCCUCCGCCACCUUCGCCUCCUAGUCCUCAGGAAGAGGAUGGAGAUGGGGCCCGAGGCGGUGCAUCCGGAGGACUUCAAGGGGACAGAAUUCCAGGUUCGAAGGCUUGUUCUACGCCAAAUUAUGAGGGGGGAAACGAAGUCGGUGGUUCCUCGGCAAGUGAUGUUGAUCCCGAGGACAAUGAAGGCGAAUGUGGGGAGCAGAAACUGACCAGGGCUCAGAGGAAGAGGAUUCGCAAGAAGAAACUCAAAGAGGAGAUCGCCCACCGCCGGAAAAUCGUUGGCCCCUUGUUGCCUUCGAGCAGCAGUGGCGGAUGCAGCACGAAAGAGGACGAUGCUGGUGGCGUUGAAGAGAAGGAGGCGCCAGGUGUUCGACGAAAUGCCGAGCUGGGAUCUGACGACGUGCCUCACGACCGUGAGGAGUCAGCUGCCUUUAUCAACCAGAAGAGACUCAAGCACAGGAGGGCUGCAAAAAAGCUAGCCAGAGACAGGUUGAAAUCAUCUGAGCAACAGAACAGUAAUUGAGGUGAUUAGAACGUCUCCUGCGCAAUCCUUAUUCGUCGUUUGAGCAUGAAUUGGACAGCUUAUGCAAAGGUUAAUGCGAGAGUCGCCAUUAAGUUGAGUAACAUGGCGCAUUCUCCUCUCAAACCGAGAAUAGCAGGUGCAGAAAGGACCUAUGGGCAAGGAUUCUUGUGGCACCAGGGAUUCUACGAAAUAGGCAUGGAAAACAUUUGCCACCGCAAAAAAGAAUCCCGGCGAAAUCUCUUAUUUUCCCUAAGAGUCCCUAAGUAAGCCAUCAAUUUGGAGGUGAUGCUCGGAAAUUCCAAGGAGGACGUGAUGAAGGUGGACCGUUCAAUCGUAUUGUGCCUUAAUGCUAUGGUAUUAAUGCUCGUCAUGCUACAUUGCUAUCAGUAACGACGCUACUUAUGUAACUACGAAAUAUUGUGUUUCAGUGACCAAAAUACGUGACAGUCCAAGGCUCCUUUAUAACUAUAACGCUCUACGAUCUUAAGCAGACCGUACUGAAAUUG